AUGAUCAAGGGUCCGGAACCGCUAACCCGGAGCAGCAGCACGCUGUUCAAGGACUGGGAGGAGCUGUCAAAACAGAUCCUGCGCAAGUGCGUCAAGAAGAUUGAGGAGCGGCCGGUGCUGAUCAUUGAGAUGCUCUUCUCCAAAAGCGCCAGUACGGCCCACUUCCUCGAGUACGGCUACGAGAAGCAGACGGUCUCGACCACGAACCCGCGACCGGCAGCCGAGCUCGAGUUCCGCCUCGCCGUCGAGCGGGACCGCCAGAUCGCCAUCGUCGUCGGCGUUCUGCUUGACAAGAACCAGCACCAACACCUGCUCUGGGUUAAACGCCAGCUGGAGGCCGCCGGGGCCGAGAAGCGCGCGUGGAAGGCGCUGGACACGGCCAUGGACACGCUGGAGGUGGCCGGCCCAGACAGCGCAGAAAGGGAGGCCGGCACACCGCCAGCCGAGCCAUCAGCCGGCCUCUCUGAGGAGUCUUCGCCUAUCACAAUCCGACCGGAAGACGAGGCGUGCCGCAAAGCCAUGUUCAAAAAUGCACACCUCCGGCUGCUGAUGAAGCUGGUGGGAUUCGAGCGGCUGGUGUCCUCCAUCGAGGAGACGAUUGACUCGGUGUGGGUGGUGCCGGGCAGCGUCACGGCUGAACAGCUGAGGGAAUCGCUCGAGUUUAUCAACAAAGCAGAGUUUGAGCCUCCAGUAUUUGACAACGAUCAGUCAGCGGAAGACCAGUUGAAGCGAAAAACAGCGCCCCGCAAGAAGGCUGUCUACGAUGACGACGAUGACAAUGGAAACGAUGGCCUUGGAAGCGGUGACGACAUGCUAUUCCCAGCCGGUGGCCCUACAGCACGCAAAAUUGUGGAUGAGGGGCGCAAGAAGAAGACACUACGGCGACGGCGGAAGCGCGGAGACGACGACGACGGCGGCGAGGGUGAGGUCGGUCCGACGGAAGAGGAGCUGGACGAGCGGGCGCAGCGACGGCGACAGAAGGAGCUGGAGAAGGCACGACGGAUCAAGAGCGACCUGUACGUUCAUGCCAGCGAUGACGAGACGGACGACGAGAAGGAUCGCGAGUUCUUCGAGCGCGAGGAGGCGAUCCGGCAGCGUGUGCACAAGGCAGUUCUGUUGAGCAGGGAUUCCGGAGAAGGCCGCGUGGGCGCAGGAGAAGCAACAAAGACGAAGAGGAAGUUGGCAGUGCUGUCGGACGAAGAGGACGAAGAGGAGGGUGACUCGCAAGAGUUGAGUCCAAGGCGUCGGAAGCGAAGGAAGUCUGUAGAGACAGACGAUGGCGACGGAUCUGACGAGGACGUGACAGAGCCGACGGCGACAAGUCGGAAGAAGACGAGCAGUCGACAGCACGCCGGAUUUGUCGACAGCAGCAGCGACGAGGACGAAAACAUGGAGACGGACGAGACGCCUAUCACAUUGACGACGGAUAGGGUAUCGGAUAAAGAGCCGAGCGAGACGUCGGAUAAGGAAUCGGAAAAGCAGCAGCCGGAUAAGGUGCCGGAAGAUGCAGGCAAAGACGGCGAUGAUGACGACGACGACGACGAUGUGGUGCCGACUGCCAACAAAAAGAGACAGCGGGCCAGGGGCGGCUUUCUAGCGGACAGCGACGACGACGAGUGA